AUGAGCGGUCGCGGGGACGAGGCCGGGGAGAGCUCUGGCUCCCAGGAGCCCGCUGGGGCCGCGGAGCCCCAGAAGAGGAGGCCGGGGAGACCGAGGAAGCCCCCCAAAGAGCCAAGUGGAGAGCCUGUCCCCAAGCGACCAAGGGGCCGUCCCAAAGGAAGUAAGAACAAGGGCCCCUCCAAGGCAGCGCAGAAGAAAGCCGAGGGAACUGGGGUGAAAAGACCCAGAGGACGUCCCAGGAAAUGGGUCCUGUCCUCUAUAUGUGCAGGUGCUGAGAUGCCGACCAGCUGA